CUGAUAUUCCAAUAUUACUAAUAAUUGGUAAACUAUAGGUUUUUUUUGAAUAGUUUAAAAUUGUUUUUACGUUAGAUUAGUAUUAUAAUGACCAAGAAUUGAAUCCCGCAUCCAUUUUAAUACAAUGGAGAAGCUACCGGUUGAAGUUCUUGAGAAAAUUUUAACUAACGUCAGAUUAUCUGUUCAAGAUGUUGUACAUUUUUCAUUGAGUUGCCAUCAUUUUUACCAAAUUGUUACGAACAGUAACAAGAUUUGGAAGACGAAAUUAUUUCAAAAGUGGCCACAAGUUAAGACUUUAUUGGAGAACAAACAGAUUAUAUUCCAACAUGAAGUCAGAUAUAUCUACGAACUUAAGAAAAGAACUCGCAAUUUGCUCGAAAAGAUGCCAGCCAAGUUUUAUAAGAGGUACGAAAUAUCCGAUUCGGAUUUACAUGAGUGGAACAAUAUUUUACAUGAAAGAGAAGAGGUUUAUAAUUACCUUGUUCUUGAUUUAAUGGAAGUUGUUAAUACUGAUGUACCUAUUAACAGUAUAGAAGUUGUUCCUUUGACUACUCCAGGUAACAAAACAUUCCAAUACUACGCCAAUAAAGUUCUUAGAUAUAUUAGACAGCUACAUUUGUCCAAAGUUUGGAAAGAAUACAUAUCAUUGCCUCAAUCGAGGCAGAUCUUAGAAGUAGGUGCUGUGUUUGUAGCUCAAUGGUGUCAACCAAAUGUGGAAGUUUCAGUCGAAGAUAUUGGCAAGAAAUUGGACAAUAUUGCAGAUGAAGUUAAAGCAGCUUUAAGAAGUUUCUAUCCAGAACAUCCACUGUUUAAGGCUACCCAACAGCAAUUGGAUCUGUGGCGAAUGGAGAACCGCGACCAGAAUGAAUGGAAGGUGAAUGAGUGCCGACAGCUUAUAACAGUAAUGAGAGCUGUCCUAUUCCAACAGAUGAAAUUCUGCGGCAACAAUCACUCCUAUUACAUGCCACAGAAUUCCUUCAUCAAUGAGGUGUUGGAAAAGAGACAGGGAUUGCCCAUCACUUUGGCGAUUGUGUUUGAAGGUGUCGCCAGAAGGUUGGGGUUGAGAUGUGAGCCAAUCAGUUUCCCUGCUCACUUUCUUUUGAGGUUUUGUGAAAGUUUGGAUCCCGAAUCGGAUUGGUAUUACAUUGACGUUUUCAAUGGAGGACAGAUAGUCAGAAAAGGCGCUUGUCCACAUAGCAGAUUUUCCGGUUCAAGGGAUUUGUUCCCUGUAGCUACAGCAGUACAGGUGAUUGAACGUAUGGCUAACAAUUUGGAAGUAUCAGCCAGGCAGCAUGCUCACCCGAAUGGCAAAAUUACCAGACUCAGAUCGAGCUUGGAAUUGCUGAAAUUGGUCAAUCCCAGAGACAUUUCGGCGUUGGUUAGUUUAGCCAGAUUGUACAUGUUGCACAAUAUGGAUACAAAGCCUUUAGAAAAUUUCCUGCUCUCUCAGGAAUUCGAAGUUCCAGAACAAGCUCAAAGGGUGGUUCACAUGCUGCGUGACUACGAGGCCCAUCACGCCCGCAACGAUCUCGGACUGUUCAGUCAAGUGGAGGCGGCACCGCGUAGCCCGAAUCUGCAUUACGCCGUCGGCAUGGUGAUGAAACACUUAACGUUGAACUACAAGUGCGUGAUAUACGAUUGGGAUCCGGUUUGUUUGGCGGCCGCCGAGUGGCAGGCGCAGAACAACGUCGACAAGUUGCAGCUCAAAGACGAACAACCGUUCUACAACGUUUUGGUCGAGGACGGUUCUCAUAGAUACGUUGCUCAAGAAAACUUGACUCCUACCUCGGACAGAGAGGAAAUUUACUUGAACGAGGAUGUCGGUCGACAUUUUUCCCACUAUUUCGAGACACAUUACGUGCCGAAUGCCGAGAAGGAAAAAGAAUAUCCAGCUGACAAGAAAAUCCGACACUGGUUCCAUCACCAAAAGAAAUUGGAAAGUAUUAAUCUGUAACGAUGACUGGUAGACGUGUAGAUUUGAUAUUAUAUUUUUGUUGAUUAUUUAUAAAAAGUAUGGAUAAGUUUUUUUUUUAAUUUUAAUUUAACAAUUUGAUUGCAUCACAGCAAUUUCGAGCUGUAAUAUAAUCAAUCUGGAUGGAUAAAAGCGUUAUAGCUAUCGAUCCAACCAAAGCGCCGUGGUUAAACAUUCUUAUAUAUAAAAGUAUUAUUGGUUUUUAUUUUUGUUUUCUAAUUUCCGAUUUGGGAAUAGUGUUUUAAGAAAGUGCAAAACCCUGAAACAUGACUACUUAAACAUUGUAAAUAUAAAAUUGAUGUUUAUAUAAAUGUUUCCCUUUUAGUUUAGAUUAUUUUGGUUAGCGAUAACGCCAAAAUUAACAAUCCAAAACAUUUGCCGAUUUAUAUUCAUUUUAAUCUGAGAGUCAAUCUCAAAAAAGGUUUUCUACCUUCUACUGUUCUAUACUACUUCAACUGAUUCGAAUGAAUCCGUUCCCACUUACACAGAAUACAAAAUCACAUAAUACUAUUUAAAAAUGAUAUUUUAAUUUACACUGACAACUUUUAUUCAAUUUCACAAGCUGUCAAAUUUAACAGUUAAAAAUGAAAUUAAAAUUUUUCACCUUGUGAUGCUCUUCUAGUCGUUUCUCGUCCUACGUUCGGCGCCAAUUACUAUGGAAACGCUCCUUACCAAGAAUAAUCUCUUUUGGGUCGGGUUCUGUGAAUGAACCUACGAAUUUACAAUUCUAAUUACAUUUUAGAGAUCGAUUUCAUAAAAAGAUUUCUUGUUCUUUUUUCUCUACCUUCUCGUUGUUUGAUCUUGACACGAAAAGUGUUAUCUUCUGGUCAGUAGCGUCCUCAAGGAGUUUGUUUCUAUCUCGAUGAGGGAGACCAAAAAAAAAACUACACCAUUUUUUUUUGCUAAUUAUUUUUAUUUCCUUAUUCGAGGUUUCCUCUCGAGCUUUAUUCUCGAGUAGGGUAAACUGUCCCACAGUGAUUCACUUUUUGUUUAGGCAAGGCUAGCUGCAGGGUUUCACUAUUCACUUUAUAUAUGAAAUUUGUAUAUUCUGCACACUCUGUAUAAUUCUAUCACUACACUAUAUUUUAAUAAGCACGCAACUGCUGUCACGUAGCCCCACGUUGGGCGCCAUUUGUUUUCUAAGAUAUAGUCAUAAUAAUUAUUAGAAACUUAAAUUAAACUCAACAUUACAUAAAAUUACUUACGUCGACUAGCUUUUCUUUUAUUUAACACUUUAAUUGUUUAAGAACACGAGUCUUCUUUAUCUCAUCCUAUACCUUUGAGUGCAAUCACUUUUUGGGGUUUUUGUACAGUCGUCGUCGCCGUUUCACCCAAGUUGUAUACUCGAGUACCAUCUGCAAAACUUGAGUGUCGUUUCAAAACAUUUUCAAGGUUUUCAAAGUAUUUUUGAACGUUUAUCCGAUUGAACUCUUACGUACCUGUAUUUCUUCGAUUAUCAGCACAACCUACAUAAACAACUGCACGCUCCCGACUGACUGGUCAAAUGAAAGCUAACAACAUAUGGCUUCAAAUGCCCCAUUGCGUUCAUUUUUAAAACUGAUACGUUCGCCAUUAUGACGAAUGAUUCACUGUGUACCGUGGUUCACUAUGGGACAGUUUACCCUAAUUUUUGCCGACUCUUCAGUUCAUUUUUCGUUUUUUAGGCAUUACCUCUAGUUUUCUUGGGAUUUGUUCCCCAGUUUUUCACAAAACCUGCCGACAAAAAAUAUGAAUCUCAUCCGAUUACCUUAAAAGAAAAUGAGCGGGGAAACUGAUUGGCUCACAUCUUAAUCCCAACCUCCUGGCGACACCUUUAAACAUAAUGGCCAAAGUGAUGGGCAAUCCCUGUCUCUUUUCUAACACCUCGUUGAUAAAGUAAUUCUGUGGCAUAUAGUAGGAGUGAUUGUUGCCACAGAAUUAUGAGCUGUCUGUACACUCAUUCACCUUCCAUUCAUUCUGGUCACGGUUCUCCAUUCGCCAUAGAUCCAAUUGCUUUUGAGUAUCCUUCAAAAAUUCAAUCUAUUAAUAUCGUUUUUUACAAUGAUUCGAAUUGUAAAUUCUUUUGAUGUAUUUUAUAGAUAUCUACUACAAAAAAGUGAAGUCCGUUCUCUAUAUUUUUUUUAUUUGUUGAUUUUCUUCAGUUCCUUAUUCGUUUUUUUUUGAGGUGUUUCCUCUCUUUGAGUUCUAGAGGUGCUUUUUCUUUAAACGACAGUUUAUGAAACCAAAUAGACCGGCAAAUAUGUUUUGAUAUAAUAUAAUCUACAUCACUUUCAAAUCCACUGUCAUGUCCUGUAAAACCCUGGCUGUAUGUGUCACUGAGCAAUCUUUGCGAAAUAUUCCUCUUCUGUGAAAUAAAUGACUGGAGGCGCGCUUUAUUUGUUAAAUAAAAUGAAAGAUAAGCCUAGCGGUUAUUAUCUUAUAUUUAUUUAACGUACACUUUUAAUUCUAUUUGUUAUUUGUAAUAAUAAUAUUAUUAUAUUUCAUAGAAUUUUUAAAAUUUGGUUUUCGUAAACACAAACUUUUGGGUCUAUUUGUUAUUUGUAAUAAUAUUAUUAUUAUAUUUCGCAGACUUUUUAAUAUUUUGUUUUAUUAAAUGAUACUACGAUCAAUGUCAAUGUAUAAAAAAUAUAUGUGAUGAAAGAA